AUGUAUAUCUUUUACUCAUUCGCCGCUCCCUUGCUCCUGCUACUUGCUCUGCGAUUAAAGGGCCUGCCGCCGACGCCGGAAGACAUUUUCUCGAACCCGCGCGAGGCCUAUGGGGCUGCCCUACGACAACAUGGUCCGGUGAUUGCUGUAAGGCGUAAGGGAAAUCUCGAAUAUGUGGUGGGGCCUGAGUUUGCCCGGCACGUACUCACCUGUGACCGCGACUUCAGUUUUGAAGAAGGCUCAGCGGCAAUUAUGAACUUGCAACCUAUCAUGGCGCUGACUGGCGGAACGCUGUUCCGUGAUCUAAAGGAUUUCGUCCGGGAAGGUAUCAUAGCAAGAAUGGAUGAAAUUGUCGAUCAACUCUAUCCGAUAUAUGACCGCGACUGCGAGGUGUUCGUCGACCUCGUUGCUAAACCAGAGCACGAGAGCAGCCGUCCUGACCUCUUCAAUCACACGCGCGACACGUUAUCCGAGGCGACACUUCUGCUUCUGCUUGGUCAGGAAUACGUCAGCAAAAGGAACAUGCGCAUCGUUGAAGAUGUGUCGAACGGCAUGGCGCAACUCACCGGCCAGUAUCAGAAUUUCUCUUUCGUAGGCAAGUACCUACCGUGGCUCUGGGUGCUCCUUACCUGGAUCAACGUAAUUAUAAUCAAAAUUCCAUUCGGCUUUGUGCGGCUGCUAGGUCCCCGUCUGUGGGUCGAUGUGAGCAGGUACGAGAAAAUUGCAAGGAAGUCGAAGGCAUCAGAACAGGAGCCCCGGAACGUCCUCUACCUCAUAGUGAAGACGUACAUUAAUUCUGGCGAACAAUAUAUCGGUGUCUUUCGACGAAUGUACAUCGCUAUGCUACUGUUGUGCCUUAUAUUCGCCUCCGUUCACACAACAACCGUCGUCUCUCAAUGGGUCUUAUUCCAACUCGCUACUCGACCAGAAUACCUGAACCCUCUGCGAGAAGAGCUUUUGAAGGUCCGCGAAGAAGCUGCGAACGGAGAGCUACACCUUACUGCCGCCUCCCUACGGGCAGCGCAUCUGCUUGACUCGUUCAUCCGUGAAGUCAUGCGCCUCAAGGGGGACACCAUCUCAACUAUGAGGUAUACAACCGCAGAUGUCCCCCUCGGUGGCUAUGUGAUUCCGAAUGGAUCAUUUGUCACGCCUAUGUCUUCCACUGUGCAUGAGAAUCCCGAGAUAUUUGGGGACGAGCCGACCAAAUUCGAUGGCUUCCGAUGGGUGGAGCUGAAUAAAGAUGCUGCCAUGACAGGCUCCGCGCACAUCGUCUUCGGUCUUGGCCGCUUCGCGUGCCCCGGGAGGGUGCUUGCGGUGAACGCGACUGUGCCUGACGAAGCGACCCUGAAUCCAGAGAUCAAGCUUAUAGUUUUGUCCCUCAUUGGACGCGCUACUCCCAGUCUCUUGGAAGGCCGCUUUGAAGUCACCGACCCGCUCAACACGGUGACCCAACCGCCUAAAGGGACCCUAAUCUUUACGCCGCUAGAUCGUCCAUUGCUGUGA